UUCAAGUGUAUUUCUUUGUUGUUUUCUUUCCGAAACUUUUUACAUUUUUAAAAGCUUUUUAUGUUGUUUUUUUUUUCACUUUAUUAGAGUUGUUGGACACUGUCGGGAUUGGUGCUGAUGGUGUGCGUUUGUGUAUAUCUCCAAUGUGUUGACCUCAAGCAACCUUGUACUCACAAAAAUAUCUUGAAUCUUUAUCUAGAUUGAGUCGAGUUGUAACCAUCAUCGAAGGUACAAAGUGCGGGUUGUUUCCAUUAAAUUAGGCCCGUCAUCCGACCAUUUUGUACAGAAAUUGGUCCGAUUAGUUGACCCAAAUCGGGACAGAAUUGAUAUUUUUUUCUGGCCGACUGGCAAAUUGCUAAACGCAAUAAAGAGAACUAUGGCCGAACCGCAAGGGGUCGGUGUGCGAAAACGCGCCCUUAGUGCCACCAAGGCCGAGGAAAUCCAGGCUGUUGAACAAAAAUUCCGAAAAAGCCAGCCAGACAAACCUUGCCACAAGCCCAGAGAUUCACUGUUCACCUGGAAUUCAGGGUUCAACAAUUUUACCGGAUUCGUAAAUUGGGCCUUUUUGCUGCUGUCCAUCGGUGGGUUGAGACUGCUUUUGGAAAAUUUCAUCAAAUAUGGGAUCAGGGUGGAUCCAAUCGAAUGGCUGUAUAUUUUGGUCAACGGUGAAGGCUCCGAAUGUCCUACACUGAUUUUACUUCUAUAUCACGUUGUUCCCGUGCUUCUGUGCCUGAUCAUAGAAAAGGCGCUAUCGGCGGAAGUGGUUCCAAAUGGUUUAGGGAUGGGUACUCAUGUGGUAAAUAUUUUGUCAGUGAUUCUGGUGCCAAUGGUCCUCAUUCACGUCAAGGAAGGUUUCAGUUUAGUUGGGGCAUCAACAGUUUGCACGAUGUACAGCAUCCUGUUUCUGAAAAUGUGGUCGUACGUCCAGGUGAACAUGUGGUGUCGCAUGUCCCGGCAAAAAACCGGAAAAAGCUCUCUAAGAAGACAGUCGGUGUCGCUCAGUAAUCUGCGGAAGGAACAGCAAGCGCUAAAUCAGGAGCGAGAAACCAGUGAAGUUCAAAAUGCAAGUCUGAAGCAAUAUCCGGAUAACUUGAACUUGCGCGAUCUCUACUAUUUCAUAUUGGCCCCAACUCUGUGUUACGAAUUGAAUUUUGCCAAAACGGAACGAAUUCGAAAAAGGUUUGUAUUCAGGAGAGCCUUCGAGGUACUGGCGGGCACCCAGAUUAUUUUGGCGGUUAUUCAACAAUGGAUGAUUCCAUCUGUUAAAAACUCCCUGGUACCGUUUAGCAACAUGGAUUACACGGUGGCUACCGAAAGAUUAUUGAAGCUUGCAAUACCGAAUCACUUGGCCUGGUUGAUCUUCUUUUACAUAAUGUUUCAUUCGUGGAUGAAUCUGAUUGGUGAACUUCUGCAAUUCGCCGAUCGGGAUUUCUAUGCAGACUGGUGGAAUGCCGAGAACAUUGACGUGUUCUGGAGAAAUUGGAAUCUGCCAGUCCACCGAUGGGCCAUCAGACACUUAUACUUGCCAAUGUUGGAUAUGGGCUAUGGUCGGAGCACCGCUAGCAUGGUGGUAUUUUUUAUCAGUGCCUUUUUCCACGAAUAUAUGGUAAGUGUACCAUUGAAGACGUACAAAAUAUGGGCAUUUAUGGGAAUGAUGGGCCAACUACCAUUAUCGCACGUGUCCCGUUUCGUAUGUAAACGGUAUGGCCCUAGAUUCGGAAAUAUUGUUGUUUGGUCGUCGAUAAUCAUUGGUCAGCCACUCUGUAUUAUGAUGUAUUACCAUGAUUAUAUGGUGAUCCAUCAUGGGUCAACCAUUGCUGAAUAUGUUCAAGUUUAAGAUUUUGUUUAAUGGUUUGAAGAUCCGGUAUUUUUUUAGGUUAUCAGGCUCUGGCCUUCGCCGUUAACAAUAUGUUCAUCCUAUAGAAAAUCUCCAUACCAGCAACUUUUCUUAGUGGUGUUUUCAAGAUGCUGAAAAUUUUGCGAAACACUGCAUUAUUAUGCAUCUGAGCAUUUUGGAAAAGCAAAUUUCAAAAAUUUGAAAGUGUUUUUUGACUCAACCGACGCGAUCACCUUAAAAAGUUUCUUGGGAAAUAAAAACCUUUGGGCAGAAAGACCGAUUGGGUCGAUAGCCUUUUUCUGUAGGAAAUAAAGAUUAUUUAUAUAAAUAUAAAAACUUUUUUGGCUUAAUAUAGUUUUUUAAUUCAACAAGUUUCCCAUAAGAAAACAGGCCACGCCCUCUUAAUUCUGAUUGUAAGCUUGUCAACGUCGCAUUAUGCCGAAGCUGCGCGGGCGCAAAGUACGUUAUUUGAUAACAGUCCGCAACAGGUUGCCAAAUGUGCAAAAAAUACCGGCAAACAGUAGUAAGAGUUGUACUGGGCGAUAAACGUUUGAUGUUCUGUGAACUCGUCCAUUUAAAUCCGUGAUUGGCGCUGUUGCCGGCUACCUCAAAGUUGCAAAAAACACUAGAGAUUAUCAUCAUUUGGUUUGCAAAUUUUAAUGUUAACUGAAAAAAAAAUUUUGGAAAAAAACAAAAAAAAAUAAAAUUCGGAGGGACUUAAACUAAACCAGUAACUUUUUUUAGUGCUGUAUUUAGCGAAAAUGCGAUCGCCUUUCAGGAAUGAAAAUUAAUAAUUUCUCCACAAGAUAAGCGAUGACGCCUUGUUGUCCUCGUUGUCCGGGGUGAUCAAGGCGUUCUAGGGGUUCUAGUUUCCACUUGAUUUUUGGCACAUUUUGAAGAUGUUUUGCAUUAAUUCCGGUUAAUUUUUCUUGCUUGUUACAAUUAAGCGUUUUUUUUUUUAAAUAAUACCAAGCCACUAUCUCCAGGCAAAAAGAGAAUUCACCGACAGAUAUUUGCUAGUUUGGUGGACAUUAGGCAACGUGUUAGAAAGUGACUUUUGCCCGCCGGACUGCGUAUUGUGAUGGUGUUUUUCAUUAUUAUAUGAAAAACUCGUGAAUUUUAAUAAGUGCAAACUAAUUGAAGAACUCUUUUCUGCUGAAAACACCACUAAGAAAAGUUGUUAAUAAAAAUAUUCUCUAUGAAAUUAGCACAUUGUCAACGGCUCCGACCAGAGCCUGAUGUUAUUAAAAAGUCCAUUAAAGUACAAAAUGCCAAAGCUUGUCUGGUUUUCAAGAAUCCUUUAAUAAACUAAUUGGCCGGUUGUCCUUUACAAUGGUUCAUUAGACGACUUUAUAUGAAUAUUCUUUUAUUAAUAGGUUUAAGCAGAUUAGUUUUAAGUUGAAAUAAAAUAUAGUGUUGUCUUCAGUUGGAUCACUCUAGAGUGUUUUGGAAGUUUUACUAUUUGUACUCCCAGCCAACUUUUAAUUCAAUUUUUGUAUAAAUUAUUUCAGAAAUACAGCUUCAAUAUGCUGAUGAUUUUAGCAUAAAGCACAAUUGUGAUCAGUAAAAACGCAAAUUUAUCUGCAUAUUUUUCCCAAUAGGCUCCAUCCAGUCUUCCAUUUUAGGUAGAUAAAGAUAUGUUUGCUUUUGGAACGCAUUAUUUUAUUAGAUAAAUAGUUUUUGAUUAAUUUAAAGUUUAUUUAAAACCGAAAUCACAGACUGUCAGUUUAUAAAAUUAGAUAAUAAGUUCCAUGGAAGGUAGUCGAGGUGUGGGUGGCUUCAUGAUAAAAUAAGGGAAAACGCCUAAAGCAUUUAUAUUUGCCAAAGAACUGUUUAGAUAUGUAUGUAUAUUUUUAUACAUGAAUGUACACGAGUAAUUUGUUGCCAUGUUAUUAAAUUUUAUAGUUUAGA